UCGUGGCCGACACACAAGUAUCAGAAGGCCAGAAUGAUCUCGAAAGUGUACUAGCCAUUUCACGAGGCGGUACGAUGGACCAGCGAUUGAUGAACGCAACUGAGCCGUAUUACAGCAGGAUGACUCAGUUGGCCCUAGAGAACUAGAGGGCGUCCUUUGGAAAUCUUCUUCUUCGUGAGUGAGUUUUAUGUUUUAUCUGUUGCUAGCCAUCGUACCUACGCACUGAAUCAAUUCGCUUCCGCAAGGGAAAGAGUUGAACGAACAGUCCUUGGGUGCCAUUCGUAAAAAAGGCACACCUGCAGCAGAAUCUCGCACUUUGUUCGUCUUGGCACAAAAUCAGCAAACAGUAACGAAAGCUGCUUUUGCAAAAUUUGCACAUCAUCACAUAUGCAACCUCCUCGAGUCGCGACGGAGAGCACUCUGGGCCGUCUGAGCUCGAGCUGCAGAAGGAAUCGAAUUAGUUACAAGGCUAGUACUCGAAGUACAGACUCGACUCGUCCAGCGCUACAGUCCAGUACAGUACUUGUAGGUAUGGAUGCAGUCUAGACGAGAUCGAUCGUCGUAGAAGAAGGACCACAUCGUAAGAAUCGUAUCGGAUGUGGAAAUUGCAAGUAGCUGGCAAACGAGCCACCCGUCCCCGUCACCGGCUCGGCUGGUCAAACCGAUGCACGCGCCGUGCCCCGUGGCUUUCCUGACACGUGGGAGGGGGCCUUCGAGGCCGUUCGGACGCAUAGCGGGCGCGGGCGGGAGGCAGCGGAGAUUCAAACAAAGCUCGGCCGGAGCUCCAGCCGAGUCGAAGGGGGAUCACGAGCCGGCCAAGACGAAGGAAGUACAGGGGGAGCGUAUGAUGUUCACGCUCGGGCUCGGAGGUCAGAUUUCUCGAUGUGAGAAUUAAAAGUGCGGGUCACGGAGGAUGCUGGUCAUCGCCUCGGGCAUGUUGCAAACACUCAUCGUGCUCAGUUAUGAUUAGACAGAUGUUUCGGGAGAAGGCGACUAGUUCUCCAGUGUAGACAUCGAUGAUUCUUGAAGGGUGCGAUGAGAUAGAUUUGAUGGAUGUUCGAGGUUCACCACCUGGUGGAUUCAUGAUUUGCUCAAAGGAUGGCUUGUAAUGCUGCUCGUAGGUCGCGUCACUCCUAAUAAAGUUUUCGGGGCCAGAAAAGAGAUCAUGCCGUUGGAAACUAUGAUGAUACAAUAUCAGUCUGGGAGCAUCAUGAAACACAUCGACUCGCACAUUAUGCACCGAUUCCCCUUGUUCGUUGUUGGCAUGCAAAGCGCAACAUCAGGCUAGCUGCGUUCCCUAGGUGGAGGACGGGAGUCAUUAACUGAUCCACUGAUCUUGCCCCCACCAAGUUCACCAACAACAAGAGCUAUGUUGCCACACCCUUGAGACAAGAAUAGACUCUAGAGAAUCCCUGUCGGACUAUAAAGGAUGGUUGGAUGGUAGACGCAUAAUUGAAUGCAAAUGCUUGCGAGCUAGCUUUACCCCACCCAGUAUACAGCUUGGCGUUUACUAAUAAUUGAGUUCAGGCUCUGAAAGAAAUCAGUAAGCACGAGCAUGUUUCACUGUCACUGCAAUGAGUGAUAGUGAAACUUCCUACAAUCAGGUUCAUAUUUGACAUGGAGUUGUAGAUUGUACCUAUCUCAGCUUGUAUUGAGCUCCAUACCUUCCCAUAUUAAUGCAUGAAAUAACUGGACACUCCAUGUCCCUCGAUCCGUCUCAACUCACCGUGUCUACUCCCAGCUCAUGGGCGAUCCACAUGCGCUGAGCACAAGAGACAUGGUCCAGCAACAAAAAUUGUUCACGUUCAGCUUGAGCAGCAUAAUUGUUCCUUCUUAGUUGUUUCCCGGACCUUCCCUCCUACCUUUAACACUAAACUGAGCUUCAAAAGAGUUCCGCUAGUUUUAGAUUGACUUAGCCUUCUUCCGAUAAAUUAUUGUCUAUUUCUGUCCUGA